GAAAUGCACAUUUUCACAUGUGUCUAAAGAUGAAUUUUAGUUUAAAUUUAAGUUUCUAAGAAUAAUUAUUUCACGGAAGGUCUACAGGAGGGGGCGGAGCCAGCAGCAGAGGGAGAGUCACACACAACCCCGAAAAGGAACUUAUCCGUUCCCAACAGAGUUCCCCACGGCGGCGAGGAGGCGAGGGGCGACACGACGCGAGGGGAUGGAGAAUUGGGGGUGGUGAGGAAGCGGCGCGAGGAGGAGGGGGAGCGUGACGAGGAGACUGAGUCCUAAAUUGGAAUUGAGGGAGAGCCGACGUGUUGGGGUUCGUGGAGAAGCCUGGUGCAGGUAGCGUUGCUGUGACGGCAGGGGACUCUCUCGCAACAAGCCAGCCACCAUGGGAGUUCUAGGUCUUCUCUUCUGCCCUCGCCCGCCGCAUCGCUCUUCCCUCGCCGCCUUCGUCCGCUAUUUGCCCGCCCUCUCGCAGCCCGCGCCCGCAACCGCAUCCGCGACCGCCAUCGCUUGCCCUUCCUUUCCACCCUCUCUCCGCCCUGUGCUUGAUAAUGGCCUGAUCUGCGGUCCUGCAGUGGUUGCGAACGUCCUCUCGGGCCGACGUACAUUGUUGGGAGGCAGGAAAGGGAGCGCUACCUUGGACCUUACGAGGACUAGAGGCGCAUCCACGUUGGCGAAGGCCAUGGUGUCUGAAGUCGGGUUGACGAAGACCGCGACGCCCGUGGUUCCUGAGAUUGCUGUGAAGAGCUCCGGGCUAGAGGUGGCGAACUGGGGUGGCGAUCUCUUGGUAUUGGGCGUGUUUGAGGGUUGCGCCACUAAGAGCGAGGAUGGGAAAUUCUCGAAUUCCGAAUUGGAGGCUUUGGACGCGCUUGUUGGUGGGCUGUUGAGCGUGGUUGCCUCUGAGGAGGAGUUCACCGGAAAGAGCGGGCAGUCGACGUUCCAUCGCGUUAUUGGAUGCGGGUUCAAGCGCGUGGGUUUAGUUGGGCUCGGGAAGUCGGAUAAGGUUGAGACGAAUAGCAAAGUGUGGCGGAGUUUGGGCGAGAGCAUUGCGACCGCCGCCGCUGCUGCCCAUUCUGGUUCAGCUGCAGUCGUAGUUGUGGAUGCCGGGAGUCUGUCCGAUGCGGUGAAGAAGACCGCUGCGUCGAUGAUCGCCACUGGCGUGAUGUUGGGAUCUUUCGAGGACAUGAGAUUUAAGUCCGACUUCAAGAAGCCGCAGUUGAAGGACUUGGAGCUGUUCGGCUUAGGGUCGGAUGCCGACCUCGAAGCGCAGCUAGCCCAAACCAUUCAGCAAUGUACAGGCGUCAUCCUCGCAAAGCAACUGGUGAAUGCUCCGCCUAAUGUUCUUCUUCCUAGCGUCAUGGCGUGCGAGGCCGAGGCCAUCGCUGCCGCACAUGGCGAUGUCAUGACAUGUAAAAUCCUCGAGAAGGAGGAGUGCGAAAAACUUGGGAUGGGUGCUUACCUUGGUGUAUCCGCUGCAUCCACCAAUCCUCCGAAAUUCAUCCACUUGUGUUAUUCGCCUUUGGGAGCCGUGACCACGAAAUUGGCGAUUGUGGGUAAGGGUUUGACAUUCGACAGUGGAGGCUACAACUUGAAGACUGGCCCUGGCUGUAUGAUCGAGCUUAUGAAAUUCGAUAUGGGAGGUGCGGCAGCUGUGCUUGGAGCAGCGAAAGCCAUAGCCGCCAUAAAGCCUGAGGGUGUCGAAGUCAACUUCGUCGUCGCAGCCUGUGAGAACAUGAUCAGUGGGGGAGGCAUGAGACCCGGCGACAUUUUGACAGCCUCCAAUGGAAAGACUAUUGAAGUGAACAACACUGACGCCGAAGGCCGACUUACCUUGGCAGACGCCCUCGUGUACGCGAACAACCUCAAGGUGGACAAAAUCGUGGAUCUCGCAACCCUAACCGGGGCCUGCAUCAUUGCUCUUGGUAACGACAUCGGAGGGAUGUUUACCCCCAACGAUGAGCUUGCGCAGGAGCUCACAGAGGCCUCCAAGAAAGGAGGUGAGAAGUUUUGGAGGAUGCCCAUGGAGGACAGCUACUUCGAAAUGUUGAAAUCGAACAUUGCAGACAUGGUCAACACCGGCGGUCGUGCGGGCGGGUCCAUCAUAGCUUCCUUGUUUUUGAAACAGUUUGUGGAUGAGAAUAUUCCAUGGGCGCACUUGGACAUUGCAGGACCUGUCUGGAAGGACAAGACCGGAGGGACGGGUUUUGCAGUGGCCACUCUUGUGGAGUGGGUCGUGAAGCACAAGAAGCUGUCAUAGACGUUUCUGUGCUGACACCCACUAUCGUGGGCGAGUAACGAAGUUAAAAGGCAAAGAGCAAAACAAAACAAAAUAAAAUAAAACAAAAAAAAGACAAACAAUUACGAAGCAGAGGACGAAUCCUGAGACCGCUGAAACACGUUUAACACACAUUUCUCUUGCUGUCCCAAUUCUGGGAGGCUAACGAAUCAGCUCUCUAUCUGGAAGACAUGCAACUAUCCAAUUAGUACUAUCAUCACACAAGGUGAUAAUGGUGGAUUAGAGUCAUUCUUUGAAGAAUUGUGUAUCUGUUUAUAUUUUGACUCACUAGCUUCUGAUUGCUCGCUAUUUGCCUAUUCUUCAUGGUUAAAAUAUGUAAAUGGCCAACUGUAUUCUGCACUACGCAUAAUUUGUUUUUAUAGUCGAGCAACAAGAUGUUCCCAGAAUAUUUGAACCCCA